AUGCAUUUGCUUUCUCGGGGCGCUGUCAACACGAUCGUGGCUACAACGGGGGUCAACGGGAAGGAAGGGAAAGGAGGAAGAGAGCAGAUGGACAAGAAGAAGGAUGGCAAGCGGGAGAAGAAGCGAGCCCCCUUCAAGGGGCGCUGCUACAACUGCAAUGAGGAGGGGCACAUGGCUGCCAAGUGCCCCAACAAGAAGAAGGAUACAACACCCGCGGCAGCCGCGAACGUAGCCGAAGGAGACGGGAAGGGCGUGGCGCUCACCGUCGCGUGUUCGGCUGCAAAGUUGCUGGCCAACGACAAGGACUUGUGGUUCCUUGACUCGGGAUGUUCCCAACACAUGACCGGCCGCAAGGAGUGGUUCACGGUGAUCCGUGACCCAUCUGCAACGAAAUCCGUCAAAGGGUUUGAUGGGUCUAUGCAGGAAGUUGCCGGAAUGAAGGCCAACUUGGUCUCUCCUGGGCAGCUCACGGACAAAGGAGCAAAUCUGCAAACCGAAGAAGGUGUCACCCGCGUCAUCGCGUCGGGAGGACAAGUGGCUGCAACAGCACGCUACCGCCAUCGUCUUCUCUGCCUUGACCUGAAACCGUGGCCAGCAAGCAACGGCACGACGGCUGGAGCGGCAUGCAACGGUACAGUGGCUGCAGCGGCUUGCACCGGUACGACGGCUGGAGCGGCAUGCAACGGCACGGUGGCUGCAGCGGCAUGCAAUGGCACGGCGGCUGGAUCAGCAUGCAACGGCACGGUGGCUGCAGUGACAUGCAAUGGCAUGACUAAGGCGGUUGCUGACGGAGCGGCCAGCCUCAAGACGUACGCGGUGGGCUCCAAGGCAACGCCCAACUUGUGGCACGCUCGACUUGGACACGUCCACUUCGAUGCGGUGAAGCGGACAGCCACGAGCGGUGGCGUGUUAGGCAUGGACCUGGAGAAAGGAGGUGAAUAUGCCGUGCACCUCUUGCCAUGA